AUGCAGCUGCUUUUCACUCUUCAAACCGUAGCCAGUGCCAUCACAAUCGCGGCUGCCGCAUCUCCACAACCCACUCCUAUUCCUCCACCGACUGGAAGCUAUUACGUCGGCGAGAGAAAACUAGCCGUCGCCCGGACAAAUCCUAACAACUUCACGUUGCCCACAAACCUAAUAUCAGACUUCCUCGCCACAAUCUUCUAUCCAACCAAAACCGAAGGCCGCACCGCGCCAUACCUCGAGUCCGUCACCGCUCAAGAAUGGGCACAGGUUUAUAACAUCUCUGUCGAUCUCCUCACCUCCUUAACAGCCAAGCUCGCCAUCGACGCUCCAGGACUGAGUAAUGCCUCGCAAUACCCGACAGUGUUCUUCGGUCCCGGCGGUGGAGGCCCGCCAACCGAAGUCUACACAACCUUAUUAUCGGACCUAGCCUCACACGGGUAUAAUGUCAUUGGUAUCGACGAUCCUCACGAGCAGCAAUACAUCCGAUGGCCAAACGGCACGGGAUACUACGGUUCGGGGGCCGAGGACGAGACGACCGACGAGACAGUGUACGUUCGAUUGGCAGAAACAACAACCAUGAUUGACAGACUCGAUCUCGUUGAAAAAGCUCUCGGAACCAAAGUCAAUCGUCAUCUCCUCGGGACUUUCGGACAUUCUGCCGGUGGCGACGCUGGUCUUGCGAGUAUGCUAUAUGACCGACGAAUUCUCUCGAGUGUAAAUCUUGAUGGUCCGUUCCAGGGAGGUCCCUUUGGAGAAGAUGGGACCACUGUGCCUGAUUUCAAACGGCCUGUGUUUCUAUUCGGAACGGGAGUUCACGAAACUACAGCUGUUGAUCCGACUUGGAAUGAAACGUUUCCUGUCAAUCAGACUGGGUACUGGAGGGAAGUGGUUGUGAAGGGGUCUCUGCAUAUCGAUAUGUCGGAUAUUACCUUUUGGAAAGAUACUGCAGGUGUUCAUUCGGCAAAUCUGGGCCCGAUUGACGGAAGGAGGAUGGUCAAUAUAACGAGGACUUGGACGAGAGCUUUCUUUGAUUAUACGCUGUUGCAUUGUCGUGAAGCUGGGAAGCUUUUCAAUGGCCCUUCAAGUGACUGGCCAGAGGUGGAGUUCAAGGCGGGUUCGAAUGGGAGUCAUCAUCAUUGGUGA